AUGUUGACGACGUCCCGUCUCGCCUCCAACGUCAGACCGUCUCAGCAGCAGCAGCCGUCAUACCACUCCAGCAGCACCAGCACUGCUGCCUCAGCACAACCCUCACAUCCAAACCCACCGCCCAACAUUCACCACCCACAGCAGACGACAACCAUUCGGAUCCCCAUGCUGAGUGCACUCCAACCGCCACCGAACCCGCAGGCGAAUGCGGGCCCACCUCAGCAACAGCAGCAACAGGGUCCUCUUGCACAACAGGGCCAGAGCAUUCCACCUCCGCCCCCACAAAACGGCCAGGAUUACACUCUGUCCAGCGUACUCCACUUCUUACAGACGGAAUGGCGUCGCUACGAGCGCGACAGAAACGAGUGGGAAAUUGAGAGGGCUGAAAUGAGGGCUCGCAUUGCCCUCCUCGAGGGAGAACGCCGGUCAUUUGAAAAUGUAAAGCUCGACCUCAUGCGUCGCAUCAAGAUGCUGGAAUACGCGUUGCGUAUGGAACGGUACGCGCUUUUCAUUUCAAGCUUGCCCACCUCGAUUCUAAAGCAACUUGGACAACCGUCUACAACGAUGCCGUCCAAGCCAAGUGCCUUUCAGCAAAGUUUAAAAGAAGAUGUAAAAGACGGCAGUAGCGGAAGCUCGCCGCGGAGCGAAGACUCCUCUUUACCACCGGAGCGUGGAGCGAACAGUGUAGGUCCUGGUCCUGCUCGCCAGCCCUCGUGGUCGGGGAAUCCCCCGCUCCCAAGUACCACUGGUGUACAGACGUCCAGCGUGGCCGCCGCCACAAUCGGUACUAAACCACCUCCAGGGCGCGACCCCAAGUCUCGCGCUCGCAGCCGCGAAUACCUCAAGCAAUGCCUACAGGAAAUCUCCUACCUUACUUCCCCGCAGGCAAUGAACCCUCUCCCAAACCGUCCACUUAUCACUAACCCAAACCCUGCCAUUGGACCCACUCCGUCAAUCUUGAACCCUGGUUCAGCGGGUGGUGUCAAUGUUAAUACCAGUGCUGGUGCUCCUAGUGUCAGUGUCAGUGCAGGACCUGGUAUCAACGGUCCCCAGGCAUCUGCUCUUCCACAACCUGGACAAACACAGGGGUUCUUUGAGUCGAUCUAUAAUGGUCGGCCAAAGAAACAGCUUCCGGAAACCAACGCCGUAGGACAAGGGAUAUGCAGUACUACGGGCGGCUUGCCGGGCAAGGAGUUCCCAGUCAUGGGUGGUGCACCUGGUGUCAGCAAUGGCAUAACCCUUCCUUCUAAUCAGGCAAGUACGCCUGCUUCCACGGGUUCUUUGGAGCGAGGGAGUCCGCUUUCUCCCGCUGGUGUGGGACUGUAUCAGAACCAGCAACAGCCGCCGCCGUCGCAGCCCCAGCGGUCACAAAUGCAGCCGUCACCGUCACCUCCUUCCGUUGAGGACGGACAACAACCGAAACAACUGACAGCCAUUUUCCGCCCUGACAGUAACUGGCGUGAGAAGCUUCGCUCGUCAUACCAAGAGCAGGCGAGGCGAUGGCAUGACAGUGAAGAGGAUGAGCCAGAAGAGGGCGAAGAGGAGGAUGAAUCCGAGAGUGUCAGCGUUGGUGUUGAGGAAGGUGAAGGUGAGGGCACCAAGUUAUGGAAACCUAAGAGGACUUUGAGAAGUCACUUGGACGCCGUGCGUGCGUUAGCUUUCCACCCGACUGAGCUCUGCCUGGCAACUGGCGGAGACGACUGGCACUGUGAAAAUCUGGCGGAUGGACGUUGCCGGCUUGACUUCAUCUGUCCUCAGCUCACUCUUCGCGGCCACUCUGCUGGGAUCACGUGCCUUGUACACUCGCCGACAUGCCAUCUCAUCUACAGCGCGUCUCUCGACUCUAGUAUACGAGUGUGGUCACUCCCCUCACCCUCACAUACGACUUACGCACCUUAUGACUCCACCACUGCGCGAGGUGAACUAAUUGGGCAUACUGACGCUGUUUGGGACCUUGCCCUUGUACGAGACGAAAGUACCCUCAUAAGCUGUGGUGCAGAAGGUACCGUCAAGGUUUGGGAUGUCGGUGUACCUGGCGGAGGUGCUCUCCGAUUAACCCAGGCGCCUACCUCUGUCGAGGCCAUCAAAACGGAGUUAAAGAACGUUGCUGUAGCAUACCAAAAUGCAGUCGUGAAAAUAUUCGAAAUCGAGACCGGGAAGGAGGUCUCACGGCUGCCUACGGAACAUGACAUAUGGUUGGUCAUAUUCAAUGGCACGGUGGCGACUCAAGUCAAUAAGAUAGUCUCACAUCCAACGAUGCCCUUACUUAUUACCGCUCACGAGGACAAGUUCAUCCGGAUCUUCGAUAUCAUAACUGGUCAAUGCACAUACAAUAUGCCUGCGCACUUAGACGGCGUGACAUCGCUGUCUAUCGACGUGGCAGGGUUCGCACUCGUCUCUGGGUCACACGAUUGUUCAAUACGUUUCUGGGACUUGUUGGGCUCGCGAACGUGUGCACAAGAAAUAACGUCACACAGAGAAAAAGCAAAGGAAGGCGCACUAGACGUCGAGUUCCACCCCUCCCUGCCUGUCAUGGCAAGUGCAGGCGCGGAUGGUGUCGUCAAGCUCUACGCGUCGUCGUGA